UAAUGCAGACUUUAGUUGAGAAGUGAGAAAACACUUUCAUUUAUGCCUUGUAGUUAUUUGGCAUCGAAUCUCUUAAUAAAUGGAGAAGGAAUCUGCAGUAAAACAUUUUCCUUCCUUGUUAUCUGUCUAUCCAUCUAUUUGAAGAAAAUAAAAGGGGAAAAACAACAAUACAAGAUUAUAUGUCUAAUGAAACCAAAGACCUAUUCUUGUUUAUUCUAGUGUUAUUUAAAAGACUAGAUCCAGUGAAAUACACAAAAGGCUCCAUAGUUUUGUACUUUGGCUAUCAUGAGGAAUAAACAACCAGCGUGUGACUUUAGAGGCAGAUAGAUAGCAUUAUGUUUUACGUAUGCCUUAUGAAACAGUCUUUGCAAGAUAACCUCUUGCUAAAUUACCCUUGAAACAGGAUUUAUUGUUUUAUUGUGUCUUAUAAAAAUUAACGUCUAAACAUCUCCAGCAGCAGAUGAUAAAAAGAAGAGAAUUGCUGAAAUCUUUGCGAGUGCUACUUAGGUGCUUGCCCUAGAUGCAGAGAACCCAAAGAGCAUUGAAGCCAUGGGACGCUACACGGGAAGAAGCAGCCGACUUCUUUUUAUGUCCUUUGUCACCUUUCUACUUUUUGUGGUAGAAAUGGCAGUAUCAUAUGUGGGCAAUUCUCUUGCGCUAGCCUCUGAUGGCUUUGCCGUCCUUUCCCACCUGAUAUCCAUGAUUAUUGGCUUGCUUGGUGUCCGUUUCAGUCGCAUACGAUGGCAUAAGAGCAACACAUAUGGCUUUUUGCGGGCUGAUGUUGUAGGAGCCUUUGGCAAUUCUGUCUUUGCCACUGCUUUGAUGUUCAGCAUCCUGAUUGAAGCUGUGAAGAGGUUUCUCAACCCAGUAAAGACAGAACAAGCUCUGUAUGUUCUCAUUGUCGGAGUCGUAGGUCUACUCUUCAAUGUGCUCAGUUAUGUCAUCUUCAUGGACUGUUGUUACUGUCAUGGUUCUGUAGACCAAGAUGUGGCAACAGAUUACUUUGCUAAUGAUAGUCCAGUGAUGAUUCCUAUUCCAACUAUAUGUGAUUCUGCGGAUACCCAGAAAAAACCUGAAGAGGAUAAGAAACAGAAAACAGAAAAAAAGUCCGAAGCCUUGAACAUAAGAGGUGUUCUUUUGCACGUGAUGGGAGAUGCUCUUGGCUCAGUUAUUGUUGUGGUUGCUGCUUCCAUAUUCUAUAUACUUCCUCUGGAUGAGAACACACCUUGUAACUGGCAGUGUUACAUUGAUCCAAGCCUGACCAUUGUUAUGGUGUUUAUCAUACUGUCUUCAGCCUUUCCACUUAUCAAGGAGACAGCAACCAUUUUGUUGCAAAUGGUCCCCCAAAAUGUGAAUAUGCAAAUAUUGGCAAACAAAUUAUUGGAGGUGCCAGGCGUUAGCAGCAUUCAUGAGCUGCAUGUCUGGGAAUUUAUCAAGGGGAAAAACAUUGCCACACUCCAUGUCAAGUGUCACUCUACUUCUGACUACCCUGUUGCUUCCUACAAAAUGAGGGAGGUGUUCCAUGAAGAAGGGAUCCAUUCAGUAACCAUCCAGCCAGAGUACCUAGACCACAAUUGUCCCAAGGUCCUGUGCAGUACACCAUGUAUCUCCAGAUCCUGUGAUCCUCAGUUGUGCUGCAACCAGCGGGAUGCUCUUCUUUCUCAGAUGAAUGGUUACAGUGAAACAAUAGGCAGCUUUUCUCCAUCACUGAAGAAGGUCUUCCAAAAAAAAGAUGCCGUAGAAAUUCCUGUUGAACCCACAUGGGCAGAAGACAUGGUAAAAAAGAACAGUUGUUCCAAGGACAGUUAUAAAGAAAAAAGAGAAACAAUACCACCAAUAAAUAGCACUCAAUUUUAGACUUUUGGGAUAAAUAUAUUCUAAAUUAUUUUGUCUCAAAAAAAAGUUGGGGAGCUUCCUUGUAGAAAGCUUCCUGAGUUGAAAAAGAAGUAGCUGUUGGCGUGUGUUUGCCAUUUUUCUGGGACGCAGCAGUUGAAAGUUGAAUACCACGUUGAAUACCAAGUACUACAACUAAAACAGAUGCCAUUGGUUUCUUCUAAGGUCUAGAUGAAAUGGGCAGCCAUUUUCUUAAUGUUGGGCAAAUAACCAAUGCCAACCAUAUUUGCUACCCUGCCCUGCAAAGAGAAAAGGAUAAAGCAUUUAUUCAAUGAGCAGAGGUAUCUUCUGCUCAGAUCACUCUUCAAACCUUGUCUUACUUGAUAGGUCUGCAUCUUUCAGAUGCAAAUAGAAAUCUCAAGAAGGUUGAGAUUUCUGUCUGUUUUAAUGUAUUAAUUAGGACGCAGAUUGCAAGCCUUACUCCUUUAUGAUUGUCCUAGUUUAUGGCAUAUCUUUAUUUUUCACUGAACUUUGUUUUUCUGUUUCCUUGAGAUAGAUUAAAAGGAGAAAAGUGAGGAAAUAGGCCUCAUAGAUGUAGGGAAUAAAAGAGUUUAAUCAGCAAAAGAGCCAAUCACCCUUUUGUGCUUGACAAAUGACAUAUUUCUUACUGAAACUUGAAUGGAAAUGUUCAAAAUAUUUUAUUUUCUCCCCUUACUGUCUUUACAUUUUCUUCAUAUUCCAGAAAUUAUAAAAUGCUGGAAUAUUUUUUAGAAAACAUUUGAAAUAGUUUAUUGGAUUAUAUGCCAUGAGAAAUAAAAUGUGAGUUUUUCAAUGUGCACUUAUGUCAUUUGUAUUAAAUUAGCAAAGAAGUAGAGCUGCGAGAAGUAAGGAUUUUCAUUUGUCUUAGGCAGAGUAGAACAAUCCUCUGAGUUUGUUUUAAUAGAGUAAUCCUAUGGUACACUGAGCUUUUCCAAUACUGAUUCUCUCUCUUUUCUUUUGUAAUAUGGUGCUAUUGAAUAGUUUGGGUUUUUUAAAAAAACUAUGGGACUUCUUUCAAGCCGUUUUGUAAAAACAUUUAGAUCUUUAGAACUUGCUGGCCUGUUUUAAACCUCAAUCUAAAUAAAUAUACACAACUGUAAAUCCUUUAAAUACCUCCUUUAAAUUGUAGACAUAUAAAUUUUUGAGUGUGGCUGAAUGAUGAUUGUCCUUCUGCUAUCUUGAGUAUCUUUCAUGUUUUAAUUUCUUUAAGUUUUUAUUGUUAUUUAUGUCUGAUGUUUUUCAUAUUGUGGUAAGAUUUGAAUUACUUUGCUGUCCAGAGGUACUUUUUGUGAAAUGGGUGGCUAUAUUAAUUUGCUAAAUAAAUAUAAUAUAAAUAUAAAAUUGCUAAAAAAAAUUGCUAGGAAUAUCUUACAAAUUAUUUUAGAAAUGCAGCUAAAAUUCAUAGUAUCUGGCUAUCAGGUGGUUUACUCCUGAUGAAAGAGGUGGGGAUGGAAGAAAAGACUAAUUCAUAUAGCUGCCUAUAUAAUUUACCCCUACCCAAUCAGUACACUGCUCUUUUGCCUUAUUGUUAUGGACAGCAAAUGUAACCCUACUAAACAGAUUCUGUGUAUGAUAUCAAAGCUGUAUUUAUUUUAUUUCAUGUUUUGUUGAAUGUUAUUAAUUUCACACUCGGCUUUUGCAAGUUGAGGAUUAGGAAUUUAGACCCCAAAAAAGUUCUGAGCAAGUUUUAAUGAAACUACUGGCAAUGAACAUUGGGUAUCACCCAUGAAAUUAAUGCUGCUGUUUGAAAUUAAUACUGUCCCAUGCAA